GAUUAAUAAAAGUAUUAAUGCGUGACAAAUUUGAAAAUUUCGAUCAAAAUCUAUGAGUGCAGUGCCAUACAAACAUGAAACGGCUAAAUAAAAUAAGCCGAAUCAGGAUAUUUUUCCGAGUGGAUCCGAGGAUACUUUCUGAACUACAACAAAGCAUGUUGCUAGAUCACCGCCUAAAACAAAUGAGUUUCUAAGGCGAUAUUUCGUAAGACACUGUAUAAUCCACAAUUUACGGUAAGCGGUUUCGUUUGAUAGUCACGCCUGAUAGAAUUAUCUAUUACACGCCAACUGUCGUGGCGUCUGGGCUUGGAAGCUUGACAUUCCUGCCGCCUCCGCCUUUCUCUGUAGCUUGAUUCAAGCCGUCGUGUCGCCGUAUGUUCUUCCGCGCGAGACCAUAGUGUGAGACCGCAGAAAUUUUCGCGAGACGCAGACCGCGCGUGGUCGUCGUCGGUGGUAGGUGCAGAACCAUCGACAAUCGAGUACCCACUACAUUCAGGGUACCUGCUACUUCUUGGAUGAGAGCCACCGUCGGCUGGUUUGGACCUUUCUUCGUUAAAGAUGGUGGUUAGGAGGAUUUUGUUUGGGGCAGCGGUUCUUCUGUCUGUUAACUUCGUACCAGGUUACACCCAGGACUUUGGGUACGAUGGAACUUCAGGUCCAAACUUUUGGGGUAAAACGUUCCAUAACUGUGUAGGGAAACACCAAAGUCCUAUUGACAUUGAGCUUACUGACGUCAAAGUGAAGAAGUUCCCUCCGUUGAAGUUUGAGAACUUUGACAUGGCUUUGGAGAAAGUGAUUUUGAAAAACAAUGGACAUACAGUUGUGUUAACUGUAGCUGAAGGUCAACUGCCAUCAGUAAGCGGAGGUCCCUUGGAAGGAACAUACUUGUUUGCACAACUUCACUUCCAUUGGGGCAAAAAUGACUUGGAAGGAUCCGAGAAUUUGAUCAACAACCACAGUUUUCCACUAGAAUUACAUAUGGUUUUCUACAAAAGCAGUUAUAACGACUUUCUACAUGCGGCCAACCAUUCUGAUGGCUUGACAGUUUUAUCAUAUUUAUUUGAGGCAGUGGAAUCAGAAAACCAUAGGUAUGAUAAGUUCGAGGAAGAGCUAGUAAAAGUGCAGAACUUGGGAGCUACUGCGGAAGUUCAUGACUUCGUUCCAGUACAGCAAUUCAUUAUAGAUGACAAAGACGCUUAUUUUACUUAUCUUGGGUCUUUGACAACUCCUCCUUGUUCUGAAGUAGUCAUUUGGAUCGAAUUCAGACAGACUGUGCCACUGUCACAUGAUCAGAUACAAACAUUCAGGCAACUUUCUGGAACUCACGGCAGACUGGAACACAACUUCAGGCCAAUCCAACCUUUGUUCGAUAGAGUCAUAUACAUGAAUUCUGGCUCUUACACCUACAUCAAGUAUACAGCAUUUUUGUUAACGAUCCUAGGAAUCAUGUGUCAGUAGAUUGUCGAAAGAAUAAUAACCAAGUGAGUGCGAAUGGAAGAAGUUAUUUUAGUAUCGUUUACAAGCAAGCUUUAAGAACAGAUACUCAUUAACUACGAUUUGUAGAAUUUAGUGACGCUUGUUUCCUUGUCAUUGUUUAUCUGAUUAUCGUUUAAAAUUAAUUUUAUUUUUACAGAGAAUAUCUAUAAGUGUUAAAAUUUUACCGAUAGCAAUAAAUAUGUGUUAAAACCUCGAGUUGUUAUUCAUAUAGAAAGUGUUGAUGAGAGCUCCAAGAAGUAGUCCGAAAAGGCCAUUAAUAGAAAGCGAGCAACUGGUCAGCAAUCCUCACUAUCACAGUUUAUGAUCUGCACAUGGGCUUACUAUGACAUUAUAAUUAGCUGUACACCGAUGUUAUAGAGGGG